UUGUGUGACGGAAGAAAUUCAGAACAGGAACACUAAGAAGUAGUCAUAAAAAGAACAAGUUAGAUUGAGACGUGUACAGUAACAGUCAUAUGUUUCUGGGCUAAUACUUGUAAAACUGGACCGGACAUGAAGCGGACCUCGUGUUGCGAUGGUUUAGGUAGAAGAUUUUAUCUCCAUGUCUGUGCCUGUUGAUCGUAACAUGGCAGGAGGUCCGACGACAUUAUGGGCAGAGAAGCUGUUUAAAGUUUUAGUCAUUGGGGAUGUAAGUGUUGGAAAAAGCAGCAUUGUCCUGCGUUAUGUUAAUAAAUGCUUUGAUGAGAGAUACAGAGCGUCUAUUGGAGUGGACUUUGCUCUAAAAAUAAUUGAAUGGGACCCCAAGACUGUGGUGAGACUGCAGCUUUGGAACAUUGCAGGCCAGGAGAGGUUUAAGAACAUGUCCAGGGUCUUCUACAAAGGGGCCAUGGGAGCAGUGGUGGUCUUUGACAUUACGGACCGCACCACCUUGGAGUCUGCUUUGGAGUGGAAGCAGGACCUCGAUAGCAAAGUCUGUCUCGAAGGCGGACGUCCGGUCCCGGCUGUCCUACUGGCCAACAAAUGUGACAUGAAAGGGAGAGACAGAGACAUGAUGUCCUCUCUGGACGGCCUGUGUAAAGCCAACGGCUUCGUGGGCUGGUUUGAGACCUCUGCAAAGGACAACAUAAAUAUUGAUGAGGCAGGCGCCUUCCUUGUCAAACAAAUGAUGCUCUGCGACACGAGCCUGUCCAAUGAAGAGCACCGCGGGGACGGGAUCAAAGUGAGCCCGGCAUCCGAGGAGUGUGAGAGCCCAUCAUUGUGCUGCUGAGGUCCACGGCUGUGAGGCAAAGAGCCAAACAACGGCAGCUACUGGUUCAACACGCGAACACGACCUGCUCUUGAUACCGACUCAUGAAUCCACAGCUGACACACACACACAAGCUCUUUCAGAGAGCCGUGGAGUCUGCGUCACAUGUAGUUAGUAACUUUGCGUAUUGGUUGUAUAAGGUUGUUCAGUAAUGUGUGGAUUGUGUGGGCUGCCUCAUAAACACCUCUGUGGAGGCAACUGAGCCAAUUUCUCUGAUAAUCCACUGAUACAGUCAGGGCAAUAAAGAGAUCAGCACGACACACAUCCCGCUGGGAAAAGUCUGUGACACCAAGGCUUGUUAGUGAUUGACCUGCUACAAUGAAAGGUCUGCAACUGUGAGGGAGUGACAUUUUCUCAAACUGCAAAAA